AUGACAAAUAUUCGUAUUGCUAAAGAAAAUGUUCUUAGUCGUGAUUAUAAUGAAUUAGCAAGUCUUUGUGAUGAUUAUUUACGUCGAUAUGAAAAUAAUGAAGAUGAAAAUAAUUUAAUGCAUAAUUUAUUUUCUGGUGAUAAUAGUACUAAAAUAGCAGAAAUUAUUGUUAAAUCUGUUCUAUCAUCAAUUUCAAUAUGGUUCAAAUGA